GGUUUUUGGUUAUAUGCAGGUCUUACAAUGCCAUUCAAAAUUUCCCUGUUGUAUAUAAGUUGGUUCCGGCUGUUGCCCUUCUUAUUUUCUCGAUGUGGGGUGUAGUGCCACUUGUUCGUCAAGGAAGAAACCAACUAUUCAAUAAGAGUGAUAACAACUGGAAGAAGAGUAGUACGUACCAUGUUAUGACUUCGUAUAUUCAACCUCUGCUGCUGUGGUUAGGAGCCUUAUUCAUCUGCAGAGCGUUAGAUCCUGUUGUCUUACCCACUGAAGCAAGCCAAGUUGUGAAGGACCGGCUUUUGAAUUUCGUGAGAUCAUUGUCAACUGUACUAGCUUUCGCUUACUGCUUGUCGAGUCUUAUCCAACAAACCCAGAAGUUGUUCACAGAGACAAGUGACCCGAAUGAUACAAGAAAUAUGGGAUUCCAAUUUGCGGGGAAAGCCAUUUACUCUGCAGUAUGGGUUGCUGCUAUUUCCCUAUUCAUGGAGUUGUUGGGUUUCUCUACGCAAAAGUGGCUCACUGCUGGAGGUCUUGGGACAGUUCUGAUUACUCUUGCUGGCAGAGAGAUACUCACAAACUUCCUUUCAAGUGUUAUGAUUCAUGCAACUCGACCGUUUGUUGUGAACGAGUGGAUCCAAACCAAGAUUGAAGGUUAUGAAGUUUCUGGUACAGUUGAGCAUGUGGGUUGGUGGUCACCGACCAUCAUAAGGGGUGAAGACCGAGAAGCAGUUCAUAUCCCGAACCACAAGUUCACAGUCAAUGUUGUCAGAAAUCUUACCCAGAAAACUCACUGGCGUAUCAAAACUCACCUAGCCAUCAGCCACUUGGAUGUUAGCAAAAUAAAUAAUAUCGUAGCUGACAUGCGGAAGGUAUUGGCCAAGAACCCUCAAGUUGAGCAGCAGAGGUUGCAUAGACGAGUAUUCCUUGAUAAUGUUGACCCCGAGAACCAGGCCCUCUUGAUACUGAUCUCGUGUUUUGUGAAAACGUCUCACCACGAAGAAUACUUAUGUGUGAAGGAAGCCAUAAUGUUGGAUCUUCUUAGAGUCAUAAGCCACCACCGAGCACGUCUUGCUACACCAAUCCGUACAAUAAGAAAGAUGUAUUCUGACUCUGACUUGGAGAACCCACCCUUCGGAGAUUCGAUAUACAACCAAGGUGGUGUUUCGUCCAGACGGCCAUUGUUACUAAUCGAACCUUCUUACAAAAUCAACGGAGAAGACAGAUCAAAAUCUCAAAACCGGGCAUCAAAAUUAUAUUGA